GUACCGGAAGUGGAGUCAAACCGGAACCGGGGCCUAGCGCACACGAUGGGGAUCGGGGGGAAGAUCAACCGGCCGCGGACGGAGCUCAAGAAGAAGCUGUUCAAGCGGCGCCGGGAGCUGGCGAGGGGGGGGCGGCAGCGGAAGCGGCGGCCCCUCCCCCGGGGCCGGGACCCUGCUCAGCUCUGGGGGAAGCGGCGGAGGAAGGAACUGAAGAGGCUGCGGGCGGCGGAGAGGGGGGUUUCCGGUGUCCCCCCUCCCCCCGCCCCGGAGCCCCGGAGACCCCGUAGGGAGCGAGCAGAGAACGUGAGCGCCCCCGACGUGGAGAUGGCGGAAGUGGGAGACCCCCCCCAGCAAUAAAGAUGGCGGCGGCUCCGUC